AUGGCAAACGAACGAUCUGAACAACCCUUCAUCGUCCGCUUCUACAGCAAGCCUGACAAGAACCACCCGUCAACUGAAGACCCAGAAGGGCGCACCCUCAAGGACAUGCUCAACUACAGCAACGACGAGUUGGAAUCCCACGUAAGCCCAAGCACGCUCUAGAAUCCAGACCACAACGACAACUGCUGACAUCUUUCUCUUUCCAGCACGACUACAUCCAAUACCUCUUCCCUCUCCCCGAGAAAUCCAUGGUCAACCCCGAAGCCGUCCUCAUCGAUUUGGAAACUUAUCACGCUUUCCAGGAGGAUCCUACCCUUCGGGCUCGACUCUUCGAAGCUUUCAAACGCAUGGCUUCGUUCUACGGCUUUGACCUGACCGGCAGCGAGAAAGAUCCUGUGCUCACACCCAAAGAGAACUUCAAGAAGCUCGCCGGUCAGACUUGGCUCACGCACUUCGAUCACAAUCAUCUACGCAUCACCCGGAUCAUACGGUAUCACAGUGCUAAGAAACCCCUGUACGGAGUUACAGAUGCUAAUCAUCCAGUAGGUGCCUCCGCGUUCUCAGCUUGGAGAAGGUAGCUACCGCAUUCUUCGAAUCACUAGAAGCAUACGCCGGCAAUAAGGUCAACGCAAAGUCUCGAGACGUGUGGAGGAAAGCGGCCAAGCGGCCACUCAACAUGAGACCAGACAGAGAUGAUGCGAUCGGUAUCAAAUGGCUCUAUGAGGAGCUGAAUCCAAAGCAGGAAGAAGGGAGCGAUGAGUGA